AUGGAAACGGAAACCCAGAACUCACUUUUGGAACUUGGAACGUACGAACACUUUAAAAACCUGAUGCUGGUCAAGGUUGCAGGUCAAAGUAUGGUCAAGGAAGUAGAAAAAUAUGAUUUAGGAGUAGUGGUUCUGCAGGAAAUAAGAUGGAAGGAAGCAGGAAAUAUGGACAUGGGAAAGAUGACAAUCCUUUUUGGUGGGUGUGAUGAAAGAGGACAAUUCGGAGUUGGUUUUGCGGUACGUAAGAAUAUAGUACCAACGAUAGAAGUUUUUAGAGUAAUUAACCCAAGACUAGCUUUAUUGAAAAUAGAGUCUAAAUGGUUCGAUAUCGUAUUCAUUAACGUACACACACCCACGGAGGACAAAUCACAACAAGAAAAAGAAGAUUUUUAUACUGAGAUAGAACUACUACUAGAAGGGAUUAGUAAUAGCAAAAUAAAAAUUGUACUAGGAGACAUGAACGCCAAAAUGGGAAAGAGAAAUCAUUUAGACCAACUAUUGGUAUCCACAGUUUACAUGACAUGA